AUGCCUCGCUACUCUUCCUCGUCCUCCGAUUCAGCAGCAGAGGCCUAUACACCAAAACUGCUUAAAUCAGAAAGCCACACAACUCUCGAGAGACAGGUUACUCACGGUUCCGGAGGUUCCGGGAUCUUGGAAGAACUCAGGGAUGAACACCAACAGGACAACGACGAGUACGUACUGAAAUCGUCCGUGCCACUUGCCGAAGAGGCCAUAAAUGAUGAAAUAAAUCGGGUCUCCAGACAACACUCCGCACAGAGUAAGGACAAGGAGCCCUGCUCUGAUAAUGUGAGUGAAGAACUUGACGAGCCACAGGACCACCCUCUUGACGGGAAGUUUGGUAUGUGGCAGGCUUUUUUGGCGAUGCUUUUGGUGUUCCUGACAUGGGGCUCGAAUGCCGCUUUUGGUGUGUUUUUGAACUACUACAUGACCAAUAGUCUGUUUCCUGGAGCCUCGAAUUACGACUUUGCGCUUAUAGGUGGUAUCGUGGUGUUUCUAGCGCAAGUGCUAGCGCCCGUAUGCUGCUUUCUUAUCAGUAUGUUUGGCCAAAUGCCUGUUCUCGUCUUGGGGUUGGUGCUCCAAACCUUGGGAUACAUUCUAGCAUCUUUUUGCACAAAGCUCUGGCAGAUCUACUGCUGUCAAGGUGUUCUUGUGGGCUGCUCCUUCAGUUUGAUUUUCAUUCCCGGCACCUUGACGCUUCCUACGUGGUUUGAUAAAAAAAAGUCCACUGCAAUGGGUAUCUGUGUCUCUGGUGCUGGUUUAGGUGGUUUGAUCUUCACCUUGUCUCUCAACAAGCUCAUUUCACAGACUGGCGACCAGAGAUGGCCUCUUCGAAUGGUGGGCUUUGUAACGCUCGGCACGACCUUGUUUGCCCUUUGCUUCUUGCGACCAAGAAACAAGAAAGUUAUCGACAUCAACACCUCAAAAAUCACCUGGGAACGCAUUGUGGCCAUCACCAAGGUGGUGUUCAACAUGGAGCUUUUCAAGUCGCUCCAUUACAACGUUUUGGGCUGCUGGUUCGGCUUGUGUCUCUUGGGAUACGUCAUUUGUCUCUAUUCCUUCUCCAACUAUGCCUCAUCCAUAGGCUUGAGCCACGACCAGUCCAACAACCUUUUGGCUAUUUUGAACGCCGCCCAGGUCGUCGGUAGACCGCUUGUGGGAAGAUUGGCCGACCGGUUCGGAAGAACAAACACUUCUGCGUUUUUCUGCGUGUAUUUGGCGAUUUUGAUUUUGGCAUUCUGGCGGAACGCUAAAUCGUACGGAGCCCUCAUUGCUCUUUCUGUCUUGCUCGGCGGUCCAGCCGGUAUUGGUUCAACCAUGUCCCAAUCUCUCGGUGCUGACAUUCUAGACGUUCAAGAACGGCCCCAACUUAUGCCUGCUGCAUGGUCGGGUCUCAACAUCGUGGUUGCCUUUUUCUCGCUUCCCGCUGAGGUGAUUGCAAUUGCAUUGAGGGAGGAUGGCGCUUCUAAUCCUUUCGACCAUGCCCAGGUUUUCACCGGGUGCAUGUUUUUACUCGCUUUCUUGCUUCUUCUCUUUAAUCGUGAGUACCUUGUGAGAAAGAAGUUUGACAAGAGAAGAGCACAGGCUGGUUCGUCGAUGGGCUAUUUGAGAGCAGCUGAUCUUGUUGAGGACGACGAAACAGAGCUUGCACUGGCCCGGCUUGAGCGAUACGAUAGGUUGCUCCAACAUAACAUCCAGUACUACUUCAUCCGCAUGUUCUACCCCAUCAGGGUUUGA